AUGAAGCCGUCUCAUGCCCUUGUCUUGGGCGCUCAGGUGCUGGCCGCAGCGGCCCAGAGCAACGCCACAAAUGAGACCACACUGCCCCUGAGCACUGAUUCCGAGUUCUCUUACAUCUUGAGUGUGGUUCUGGCACUGUCCAACAAUCUUGGCUCAAACACCGGCGAGGUCCUCCGUGCUGCCUCACAGAUCACCCCUGGAGACUUUGAAAGCUGGUACACCCAGUUCAGCUACCUCGCAGGACAAAUCGAGGCCCAAGGCGACAGCACAACCUCUCCAAUCGGCCAACUGGAGUCUUACUUCCACGCCGCAUCUUACUAUCGAACCUCGGGCUUCUUCCUUGUCCACAACAGCACUGAUCCCCGGCUCUUCAGUCUCUGGGACAGCCAGCUGAAGAAUUACGCCAAGGCCAUCGAUCUGCUCCCCUUCCCCGGCGAGAAGCUCACCAUCCAGGGCCCAGGGUUCACCAUCCCAGCCUACUUCUACCCUGCCGACACCUACUGCUCCCCAUCAAAGAAGGCCAAGCGCGCCUGCGCUGACUCAACAAAGCGCCCAACAAUCAUUGCCGUAAGCGGCUACGACGGCAGCCAGGAGGACCUGUACCACGGAAUAGGACGGCAGGCCACCUCCCGGGGGUACAACUUCGUCACCUACGAGGGGCCGGGCCAGCCGACCGUGCGCCGCGAGCAGGGCCUCGGCUUCAUCCCGAACUGGGACGCCGUCGUGUCCCCCGUGGUCGACUACCUGCAGACGCGCGACGACGUCGACACCGACAAGCUGAUCCUUCACGGCCACUCCUUCGGCGCCAUCCUCGCCGUGCGCGCCGCUGCAGUCGACAAGCGAUUCGCGGGCGUGACCCUCGUGGACGGGCUGUACAACCUGCAGCAGGUCCUCAAGGAGCUCUUCCCCGCGCAGCUGAUCCAGCUGUACGAGGCGCCCAACGAGACCGCCUUUAAUGCGUACACCCUGGCCAUCUACAACAGCGGCCUGGCGCCCAGCAGUUUCAAGUGGGUCUUUGACCAGGGCCUCUGGGCGUUCAACACAAAGUCGUACUUUAACUGGUUCGACCAGCUGGGCAACUACACCAUCGAUGGGUAUGCGCAGAACCUAACCAUCCCUGUACUUGUGGCUGGUGCCGACCACGACACCGUAGGCCUGGAGCAGGCGCCCACCGCGGCGAAGCUGAUUGGGUCUGAGGCGACUUUCCAUCUGUUCCAAUCUAAUACCGGUGCUGGAGAGCAUUGCCAGAUCGGGGCGGAGAGCCAGCUUGGGUUGACCCUGUAUGACUGGGUUGCUAAAGUGGUAGGCUAA